CGGCGGGCUAACGCGCCCCCCCACUCCGGGGCCCCGCCGCCCUCCCGCGUCUGCUUCCGCUAGCUCGACGGGUCGCUGCCGGGGUCCCCGGGGCGAACGAUGCAGGCCGCCAGGGAGCCGAGCGCGCGGGCCCAGCCCUGGCUUCUGGCGCCGCCGUACGCCAAGAUGGCGGAGGUGCUUUUCCUCCCUCACUUCCGGCCCCGCCCGCUCCCGCUAGGCCCGGAUUGGCCCCGGCUGCGGACCGUCGCGUCGCGCUGCGGAACCGUCGGAGCGACGCCGCUCUCAGUCGGCGGCCGGAGAGGGAAGAUGGACGCAGCUACUCUGACCUACGACACUCUUCGAUUUGCCGAAUUUGAAGAUUUCCCGGAGACCUCAGAGCCUGUGUGGAUACUGGGUAGAAAAUACAGCAUUUCCACAGAAAAGGAUGAGAUCUUGUCCGACGUGGCGUCCAGACUUUGGUUUACGUACAGGAAAAACUUCCCGGCUAUUGGGGGAACCGGCCCCACCUCGGACACGGGCUGGGGCUGCAUGCUGCGGUGUGGACAGAUGAUCUUUGCCCAGGCCCUGGUGUGCCGGCAUUUAGGCCGAGAUUGGCGGUGGACACAGCGGAAGAGGCAGCCGGACAGCUACUUCAGUGUGCUCAACGCGUUCAUCGACAGAAAGGACAGUUACUACUCCAUUCACCAGAUAGCACAAAUGGGAGUUGGUGAGGGCAAGUCAAUCGGCCAGUGGUACGGGCCCAACACGGUCGCCCAGGUGCUCAAGAAACUUGCCGUCUUCGACACGUGGAGCGCCUUGGCAGUCCACAUAGCCAUGGACAACACGGUGGUGAUGGAGGACAUCAGAAGGUUGUGCAGGGCUGGUCUUCCGUGUGCAGGGGCCGCCGCGCUGCCCGCCGACCCCAGCCGGCACUGUAACGGCUUCCCUGCUGCAGCCGAGGUCAGCGCUAGGCCGUGGAGACCCCUGGUGCUCCUCAUCCCCCUGCGCCUGGGGCUCACGGACAUCAACGAGGCCUACGUGGAGACACUGAAGCACUGCUUCAUGAUGCCCCAGUCCCUGGGGGUGAUUGGAGGGAAGCCCAACAGUGCCCACUACUUCAUCGGCUACGUAGGCGAGGAGCUCAUCUACCUGGACCCGCACACGACGCAGCCCGCGGUGGAGCUUGCCGACGGCUGCUUCAUCCCAGACGAGAGCUUCCACUGCCAGCACCCGCCCAGCAGGAUGGGCGUCAGGGAGCUCGACCCGUCCAUUGCUGUGGGGUUUUUCUGUCAGACUGAGGAUGACUUUAAUGACUGGUGCCAGCACGUCAGAAAGCUGUCGCUGCUUGGAGGCGCCCUGCCCAUGUUUGAGCUGGUGGACCAGCAGCCUUCCCACCUGGCCUGCCCCGAUGUCCUGAACCUGUCCUUAGAUUCUUCUGAUGUAGAGCGACUGGAAAGAUUCUUUGACUCAGAAGAUGAAGACUUUGAAAUCCUGUCUCUCUGAAAAUCCCAGAGUUGGGGGACGGUUUCCACUGCCCUUCACUGGGGACACCUUCGAGAGCCCAGACCUGCCCUGGCGCGCUUGGCGCCGCUGCAUUUCACCCACCCAGCCUGCUCGUCCACUGAGCACCCGUGCUCCACGCCGCCUCUGCCCUCGCACGGAGCCUCCCCGACCCCCCAUGAGCCCUGUGCGGCUCGGGCCCUGAGGGCUCGUCCAGGCGACAAGGCACCAGCCCGGAGCCACCGAGGGAAGCCCAGCGCGGCCAGGCAGGGGGCCCCCCCGAGAGCAGGGCCCUUCACAUCCGCGAGCGCUCUCCCCGCCACACUGCCGGCCCCGCGCUAGCACGUCGCCUCUGCCUUGCUUCCUCCUGGGCGCUCGGUUCUGGGUUUGCUUUGGAAUUAAAGUCCUAUUUGAAGUUGCAAGGACGCGAAUUUCUGUCCUGUCCGCCUCGGAAGACCCGCAGGGCGGGUGUGUGCGGCGGGACACCCAUGGACCCGGCCUCGGCCCCCACCUGCUCUGCGGCCUCUGCCCGCCCCUCCCCCCCCCCGCCCCGUGCUUUCUCAAGGGCUACCUCAGGGGGAGACCCAGCCGGAAGAGGCACGGCAAGGCUUCUCCUGGAUUUGGGGAGAGAAGUAGCUAAGUGGUGGGGCGUGGUAGAAAUCCAAAGACGUCACCGUGCACGUGACUCGCAAGGACAGGGACACGCCUGGCCCGAGUGCGGCGCACGUUCCCCACAUCUCCUCUGUGGGUCCUGGCAUCGAAGACGCUCCGUGUGCUGCUGCUUGCUCUUUGCCAGCUUCCCCUGGGUCGGGUCUCGGUCUGGUGUGGGGAGGGGCUGCCCUGGGGCCCCAGGCCCUCCCUCCGGCUCCCAGUCCUAAUCGUCCUUCUCGGCGCUGCCUCCUAGCUGGUUUGGGGCCAGAGGGUAAAACCUACGGCGUGAUGCGCGAGGCCGGCCCCGGGCACCAGUUGGAGACGUUUCCAGACCCUUCUCAGCACUAACGUCAGCACCUGCAGCCUUGAGCCCCUGUGUUCUGGGCCCAGGUGGCCCGGCCCCGCCUGGGCUUGCCAUCUGCCCUCCUGCCAGGACGGGUCCACAGGGCCGUGUGUCCCCGCCUGUGUCCUGCGCCCCGUCCAGGAGUAGAGCUGGGGUUGCCGGGGAGCCCGGCCACACCCCUCUGGACCACAUGUGCGCUGCCGCAGGCUUGGGGUUCAGGGAGCUGGCGCAGCCCUGCUGUUGGUACGAGCCAGGGGGCGCGGGGGGCGGCCUGACCCACCGGGAGCUUUGUUUCGUGUGUUUUGAAAAAGGCUUACUGAAGAGAAUGUUGUUCAAUCCUCGUAGCGUAGUUUGCAAUUCUUAAUGGCAAAUAAUAACCGUUUCAAUAGAAAACA